AUGAUCAACAGCACCCGCCGGUUCGGGCUGUUCACUCGGAUCUCAGAGGAAUUCUUCGGUCUCCCGAGGGUGAACGAAGGCAUUCUCAGGAGUAUCCAGAUCACCAUGGUCGUGGCUCGAGCCCUCGCCAAUGGCAUUGACCUCUCUAUCGAUGAGAACAUGAGGAGAGUCGUCCGCGAAUGCCGUACGACCCUCCAAAGAGCCCAGAAGAACUACACUGCCCUGAAGCCCGCUUUCGCGGAAAGGUUUGACAUUCACUCCAUGGGCAUCGACGGCAGGGAGGGGCCCAAGAAGGAAUCCGCGGCUUCCACCCAACAGGAGGUGUUGGUCGACCUUGUCCAGGUCGUCAAGAAGCUCAAGGAGGAGAUGCAAACGAUGCGCGGUGGUCCUCAGGAGGUUCAGGCACCGCAGGCACCGCAGGCACCGCGGGCACCGCCGGCACCGCAGGCUCCGCAGGCUCCGCAGGCUCCGCAGGCUCCGCAGGCUCCGCAGGCUCCGCAGGCUCCGCAGGCUCCGCAGGCUCCGCAGGCUCCGCAGGCACCGUACAGCGGAGGGCAUCCAGGUGGCGGCUUUGGGGCCAUGGGGCAAAUGGGACCGCGGGCAUAUGGUCCACCCGCGUAUCAGGCGCCUCCCGUGGUUCAGCAUCCCAACCUUUACGGCACAGGAGUCUCCGGCAACUACAUGUCUCUCGGAGGAGCUUACCGCCAAGGUUUCAUGCCUCCCGCGGUUCAGCCCAACCCUUACGCGCGAUUCCCCGGCCAGUUCGGGCCUCAGGUUAACGGCGCCGGGUUUGGCUUCGGAGGCGGCUUCCCUGGUGUAGGCGGCUUUCCUGGUGCAGGUGGCCUCGGAGCUCUCAUAAUGCCUGGGCAAGCUGCCAACUUCAACUCCGGAGGCGCCUUCAGCGGAUUCCCAGGCGGAGGAGGAGGGUUCACAGGAGGUGGUGGAGCUCGCCCCAAGACGUUCGUGGUUUUGCCCGAUGAGAAAGAGGUACUCAUGGGGGUCAACCGGUGCAUCAAUAAGUUGUACCAUUCUGAGAAGAACAAGCGUAAUGAGAGGGCUAGGACGAAGUCUCAGCAAACCCCGAGGGAGAAGUCGGGGAAGUCGGCCCCCGUCAUGGACUUCGUCGAGAAGCAUUUGUUUCAGGGAGACAUGGGGAACACUGGAAACAUGAGUGCCCUGGAGGAUUUGCUUCGCCGAAGGAGCUGCAGCGAAGACGUUGCUUUCGACCCCGAGGUCAAGAAGCACGUUGAGAAGGAAUUUCCGAGCUUCUAUGACAUGUACAAGACCCCGGACGAUGUUACAGCGGCUUUGAUCAAGUUCGAGGAAGUUUGGACGUGGAAGUCGUCAUACAGGGGGCUUUGGUGGACCGGAUUGCACAGGUGGAUCCCCGAAAACAAAACACCAAAAAAAAGCCAUAACAUAUUCAGGGGGCUUUGGCGACCACUUCAGAAGUUGACUCCUCCGCAGACUCCAAAGUGA